AUGCCGACGGUACUUAUCAAUCGGAUAGUCCAGAGUCUGGGAGUGGCAUGUGAUUCUUUGGUCCCAAACGACCACAGUACCUUUUUCAUAUCUCACACGACAAGCGAAAUCCUGACCUCUAAUGAUGUGGGCAAACAGAAAGGCCAAAAGAGCAUCGCUUUCCUCCUUUUGCAUUCCCACAAUACUCUCCGUGUAGACUGGAGUCACAUACAGAGCCUUGCGCUUGGUAACCGGGUGAACAACCACAACAGGGUGGACAGUACGACAAACAUCCCUUCUCUGAAUAGCACUGUUUCCGUUGUUCGAAAGCUCAGCGUUUGCAACACCAACAUUACAGUGAACGGCACGCAAACCGUCCAGUCUCUUUCUGAAUUUUGGAGAAAGUCUCUCGUAGGCCAAGUAGCCACUAGAAAAAAUGGUAUCACCUCCAGCAGUUGGUGGGCAUUCGAGCAUGCAAAGAAUCGAUGUUCCAGGGGUUUGUGGCUCUGCCGACUGGUCGGAGUGGAACUGAACAGGACUACGGCCUUUCCAGGACUUUCUGACUCUCAAAUCGUCCUUAUCGUCAUAGAUAAUCAUGAAUUCUGGUGGACCCUUGGCUGGAUGAGGCGCCCAUCCAUGGAUGUGCAGAGGUCCAAAGUGACGAGCUAUUGCAAGCUGCUUAUCAAAGCCAAUGUCGGCAAAAUCCUGGUCUCUAAAAACCAAAACUCCUCUCUUGGCUGCCAACAGAGCAAGCUCGUCCAGCCCCUCAGAUGA